UGGUCUGCUAAAUGAGCUCACAGGUUCAGUAAAGCCGCUCCCACAGUCGUUCAUCAGAGUUUAAAUGCUGAGAAUAUACCCAUUUUAAGCAAACAGGAGGAAUCACAGAGGGAGAAACAGCUGAUAUACUAUAGUAAAGAUGGAGAUUGAGGAAGAACCCCGCAGAAUACAAGAGGAAGAGACAGAUGAGGAUGGAAAUGCAGUCAGUUCACAGACUGAAGAAACUUUGAGACAAAAGCAAGCUAGAAGAGCUCGAGACGGCGGAUCUUUCAGCUGCUCUGAGUGUGGGAAGACUUACAAAAAUAAAAGAAGCUUCAACACACACAUGAGGAUUCACACCGGAGAAAGACCUUUCACGUGCACUCAGUGUGGAAAGAGUUUCACGGAGAAAAGAAAUCUGAGGUUACACAUGAGAGUUCACACUGGAGAAACACCGUAUACAUGCACUCAGUGUGGAAAGGGUUUUGCAGAUAGAGGAAAUCUGACAGUGCAUAUGAGGAUUCACACUGGAGAGAAACCGUACACCUGUUCUCAAUGUGGAAUGGGUUACUCUGAUAAAGGAAAUCUGAAUGUGCACAUGAGGAUCCACACAGGAGAGAAAGCUUUCUCGUGCACUGAAUGCGGAAGGAGUUUCGCACACAAAAACACUCUCAAGUAUCAUCAGCUCUCUCACUCUGGAGUAAAGCUGUUCAGCUGUGAUCAGUGUGAUAAAACAUUUAUAAAUGCAGCAUACUUAAAGCGACACCUUCCCGUUCACGCUGAUGUGAAGCCUCACAUGUGUUUCUGUGGGAAAAGUUAUGGAACAAUGGAUAAAUUAAAAAGACACCAGAGGGUUCACACCGGAGAGAGACCGUACACGUGUUCAUACUGCGCAAAGAGUUUCCCUUAUUCAGAAUCACUGAAAGGCCAUGAGAGGAUUCACACUGGAGAAAAGCCGUAUCAGUGCUCAUCAUGCCAGAAGAGCUUCACUUUUGCUAAAUCCUUGGAGGUUCAUCAGAAAGUUCAUCACACUGGAGGAAAGAAUUAACUGUGUAUUUUGAUGAUUUCUGAAUCAAUGUUGUCAUUCAGUCUAUCUGUUGAUGUAUUACUGCAGAUCUUGUGUUUGUGUUCAGCUGUAAAUCUGAAGUUUGCUCAAGAAAAGAGCUUAAAUAAGGCUUUAUUAAUAAUGAUGUAAUGGAUUUGUGCCUUGUGAAAUGUUUUACA